AUGGUCAUCAGAGAGCUGAUUGACACGGAGGCUGUCUUUGUAAGAGACAUGAACGUCAUCGAGGAGAUUUAUAAAGGCACAGCUGAAGCGUGCCCGAAGUUGGACACCAAGACCAUCAAACUCAUCUUCAGGAACACAGAUGAGAUAAUUACUUUCCACACAGCAUUCCUUCAAGAAUUGAAAGAGGGGGUUGCAAGCGUCUACGUUCCUAAAGGACGCCGGUCUCCCGCGCUGAAAGAAGAGACAACGAUGUCAUCUGAUGCAACAACGAUCAAUUCAAUAGUGUCGACCGUUGUAUCAACGAUCCCCUCAACCGCGGCCUCAUCCACAACGGCAGUUUCUGUCGCCGGUCUGUCGAUGUCUGGCGCUGAUACUGAUGAUACCAAAGACCGCCAGUCUACCAUCGGUCCUUGUUUUUCAAAGAACAUUGAUAAGAUGAAGGCGGCUCAUGAAGGCUUCUUGCGAACCAGUGAUCAUGCCGCCAAACGACUGAUCCAGAUCCAAGAAGACCCAACGGUCAAGGUCUGGUUGAAUGAAUGCAACGAAGUCGCAAAGGACCUCACCGCAGCAUGGAACUUGGAUUCACUGCUGAUUAAGCCCAUGCAACGAAUUACCAAAUACCCGAAUCUCAUCAGUCAGCUUCUUCAGUAUACCCCUGCUGAUCAUCCUGAUCGGGACGCUCUAGUCAAUGCGCGGGUCACCCUUGAAAACGCGAUCUUGGAGAUCAACAAGACAAAGAAGAACUUCGAGCUCGUGGGUCAAAUCGUUGGCAGGAAGCGCAAGGAGUCUGAUGUUAAGGCUGGUUUCGCCAAAGCCUUCGGCAGAAGGGUUGACAAGCUUCAGGCUUCUAGCAAUCGGCCAGAGGAGGAUCCCGAAUACUCCAAAUUGCAUGAGAAGUUUGGCGACGAUUAUCUGCGGCUACAGGUCGUCCUUCGCGAUGUCGAGUUCUACACUCGACAGGUCUCGGCCUAUGUACACGAAUUUCUACAGUACCUUUCUUCCAUCGAACUGGUCAUGAGGCUUCAGCCAGGUCCGUAUCCUGAAAUAGAGAGUAAGUGGGUCCAGUUCAAUGUCUCUAUGAGAGACAUCGAGAAGGUUGCACUGGAACAACAUCUCUCUCAAGUUCGGAAGCAUGUCAUUGAGCCAUUUGAACUUGUCAUCCGUUGUUAUGGCAAUCCUUCACUGGCAAUGAAGAAACGGAGCAAACGCCGUCUCGACUACGAGAAGUAUAUUCAGCUCAAGAAAGGAGGCAAGAAAAUCGACAAAUCCCUGAGCGAGUUGGUCGAGCAGUAUGAAGCAUUGAACGAGACGUUGAAGAAAGAACUUCCAAAGCUUUCGGCUCUUACUGAGAAGAUUGGCAAUAUCUGCCUCGGAAAUUUCGUCAACAUUCAGGCCAAAUGGGCCAGAAGGCCGAAGAUUCUCGGGAUUGUUCCAUUCAGCUCUGCCUUUGGCUGA